AUGCUUUUUCGAUUUCGAUUUCCUUUAAUACAAUUUUGUAGAAAUUAUUCAACAAAACAUGAAGCUAUACAUCGAAUUAUUUAUUCAUCAUCAACAAAUAUUUGGUUUAAUUUAGCAACAGAAGAAUGGUUAUCAAAUACAAUUAAACCAAAUGAACAUAUUUUAUUUCUUUGGCAAAAUGAUAAAUGUGUUAUCAUUGGACGAAAUCAAAAUCCUUGGAAAGAAUGUUUUUUAGACCGAAUGGAUAAUGAUGGAGUAUUACUUGCUCGACGACGAUCUGGUGGUGGUAAGAUUUUUUUCAGAAACAUAUUCUACUAA